UGCCUUCCUUGUUGGGAGAAGAAAGGAUCAAGAUCUAAUUCUUCUAGAUGGGCUUCUUAAUACAGUAGAUGGGCAAAAAGCGGAAGUUUAGUUCUCUGGAAAUUAUCCUCAUUGUGCUAUUCAUUAUCAUGGCAAUCAUUGCAGUUGUGCUUGUUGCACUGUUUGCUACAGGACAAUCUGGUGUCAGAAAUAGUUCAGGGGAUCCUCCAUUUGAGCCCCAAUGUCCAAACAUAGAUUUCAUAGAUCACAGGAUAGACUGUAUUCCAGAAGAUGUCGCUUCUCAGGAAAUUUGCAUACAACGAGGUUGCUGUUGGAGUCCUCAUGACGUAAUUAAUGUUCCAUGGUGCUAUUUUACAAAUGCUCAUGGAUAUGAAGUGAAGGGAAAAAAAAAUACUCAAGCAGGAUUUGAAGCUAACCUCCAAAGGCUGCCCGCUCCUGCAAUUUAUGAAAACAACAUUGAACAAUUACUCCUAGCAGCAGAAAUGCAAUCCAAUAAUCGCUUUAGAUUCAAGAUUACUGACCCAAAAAGCAAACGAUUUGAAGUUCCCCAUGAACAUAUAAAAGAGUUUACAGGUUCAGCUGCAUCAAAUUUAAAUUAUGACUACAAGCUGUUGGACAAACCUUUUGGAAUCCAAGUGAUAAGAAAAUCAAAUUCCAGAAUUCUGUUUGAUUCUACGAUUGGGCCACUUCUGUAUGCUGACCAAGUUUUACAGCUCUCCAUUAAAUUACCAAGUUCUAACAUCUAUGGCUUGGGGGAACAUGUUCACAGACAAUAUAAACAUGAUACCUAUUGGAAGAAAUGGGCUAUAUUUACAAGAGAUGAGUUUCCCAAUGGUGAUGGAAAUAACUUAUAUGGUGCACAUACAUUUUUUUUGUGUUUGGAAGAUACAGAUGGAUCUUCUUUUGGAGUUUUCUUAAUGAACAGCAAUGCUAUGGAAGUAACAAUUCAGCCUGCACCAGCCAUUACAUACCGAACUAUUGGAGGUAUCCUCGAUUUCUACGUCUUUGUAGGCAACAGUCCAGAGCAAGUAGUAAUGGAAUACUUAGAGCUUAUUGGAAGACCUUACAUGCCUGCAUAUUGGACACUUGGCUUUCAUUUGAGUCGCUGGGGCUACUCAUCUCUUGAUGAAGUAAAACAAGUGGUGGAAAGAAACAGAGCCAUUGGAAUACCAUAUGAUGUUCAGUUUACUGACAUUGAUUAUAUGGAAGAAAAGAAAGAUUUUACAUACGACAAGGUCAAGUUUAAGGAUCUUCCCUCAUUUGCCGAAGAUUUGCAUGCCCAUGGGCAGAGAUACAUCAUCAUACUGGAUCCUGCUAUUGCCAAUACUCCACUUAUUGAUGGACCUUAUUUAGCCUAUGAGCGAGGAACUAAUCUAGGUGUGUGGGUUAAUGAGUCAGAUGGAGUAACACCACUUGUUGGAAAAGUUUGGCCUGGAGAUACAGUAUAUCCUGAUUAUACUAAUGAGGCCUGCACAAAAUGGUGGGUGCAAGAAUGUCUUGAAUUCUACAAACAGGUGCCAUAUGAUGGAAUUUGGAUUGAUAUGAAUGAAGUGUCUAACUUUGUGAGAGGCUCAAACAAAGGAUGUGCUAGUAAUAAGCUAAACUAUCCUCCAUACACACCAAGAAUUAAGGAUAACGUGAUGUAUUCCAAGACUUUAUGCAUGGACGCAAAACAGGCCUGGGGAUUACAUUAUGAUGUUCACAACUUAUAUGGAUAUUCAAUGGCUUUAUCUACUGAAGAAGCCAUCAAAGCUGUUUUCCCUGGAAAAAGAAGCAUCAUUUUUUCUCGGUCGACUUUUGCUGGAGCAGGCAAAUACUCAGGACAUUGGCUUGGAGAUAAUGCUGCCAACUGGAAUGAUAUUAAAUGGGCUAUACCAGGAAUGUUUGAGUUCAGCCUUUUUGGAAUACCUUAUAUUGGUGCAGACAUAUGUGGAUUUUUUGAUGACUCUUCAGAAGAACUGUGCAGAAGGUGGAUGCAAGUUGGUGCUUUUUAUCCAUUCUCAAGAAAUCACAAUGCUGAGACUUUCAAGCACCAGGAUCCUGCUUCUUAUGGAGCUGAUUCACUUUUAGUGAAAACAUCAAGACACUACUUAAACAUUCGCUAUACUCUGCUGCCAUAUCUUUACACCCUAUUCUACAAGGCUCACACCAAAGGGGAAACUGUAGUGAGGCCAUUACUUCAUGAGUUCUAUUCUGAUCCUGAAACUUGGGGAAUAGAUAACCAGUUUUUGUGGGGUCCUGGACUUCUCAUUACACCUAUACUUAAUCCGAACUCUGUUAAUGCUUAUGUAUAUAUCCCUGACGCAAAGUGGUACAACUAUGAAACUGGCACUCAAGCCUCUUGGAGAAAGCAAAACGUUGACAUGUACAUCCCAGAAGACAAAAUUGGACUUCAUGUCAGAGGGGGAUACAUAUUUCCAACUCAGCAACCAGCUAAUACUACAUUCUAUAGCCGUAAAAAUCCACUUGGCCUUAUUAUUGCUUUGGAUGAUAACCAGGCUGCUAGGGGAGACUUCUUCUGGGAUGAUGGAGAAUCCAGAGGGACGAUAGAAUCAGGGACCCAUAUUUUAUAUGAAUUUUCUGUUUCAAAUAAUAUAUUAGACAUGGUGGUCACCCAUGCAAAGUAUACAGACCCAGAUAAUCUCAAAUUUGAAGAAAUUAAGAUAUAUGGAGUUCAGAAAUCUGUCAGUGAAGUAACAGUGAAGAAAGGCGGCAUUGUCCAACCCUCUGGUCAUACAGUUAGAUAUGAUUCUAACAAGGUUUUAGUAAUAACAGGUCUUCAGCUGGUAUUAGGUGAAAGUUACACUGUCGAAUGGAAUCAAAUUGAAAAGAACUUUGAGAAAUACGAUUGCCAUCCUGAACCCGAUGCCUAUGAGGCUAAAUGUCAAAGCAGGGGAUGUAUCUGGGAGCCUUCGGAUGUACCCAAAGAGCCAUGGUGUUACUUUCCUAGUAACUAUGGUUACAGAGUAGGCAAUGUGCAGUCAACCUCUACUGGUAUAAAAAUGGAAAUUACCAAAGGUUCCAUGGUUGUGUCACCUUUCGGUGAUCUUUCACCUCCCAUAAGCCCAAUUAAUGUUGAUGUAAUAUAUCACGAAAAUAACAUGCUACAAUUCAAGAUCUAUGACCCCAAUAAUAAAAGGUAUGAAGUCCCUGUACCGCUAAAUCUACCUAACAGUCCUACAAGUACAGAAGCACAACGCCUUUAUGAGGUUACUGUUACUGACAAUCCAUUUGGCCUUCAGAUCAGACGAAAAAGCAGUGGAGCAAUAAUAUGGGAUUCUCAAGUUCCUGGAUUUUACUUCUCAGACAUGCUGCUUCGUCUUUCAACCAAACUGCCCUCACCUUAUGUUUAUGGACUUGGAGAAGUUGAGCAUAACACAUUUCGGCACAAUUUAAAUAGGACAGUUAUUGGACUGUUUGCUAAAGACCAACCCCCACAAGAACACACUAACUCUUAUGGUGUCCAUCCAUUUUACAUGGCUAUGGAAGAUGAUGGAAGCGCUACUGGUGUACUUCUGCUAAACAGCAAUGCAAUGGAUUUAACACUCCAGCCAACUCCAGCACUAACAUAUCAAACCAUUGGAGGAAUCUUGGACUUCUAUAUGGUAUUGGGUCCAACACCUGAGCUAGUUGUGCAACAAUACACCGCACUUAUUGGACGUCCAGUUAUGCCAGCUUAUUGGGCUCUUGGAUUUCAGCUCUGCCGCUAUGGUUAUCAGAACGAUGCAGAAAUUUCUGACCUGUAUAAUGAAAUGAAGAGAGCUCAAAUUCCCUAUGAUGUACAGUAUGCUGAUAUUGACUACAUGGAAAGACAGAUGGACUUUACACUAGGUGCUAGCUUUAAAGGACUUCCUGCUUUGGUUGAUAACAUGAGAUCAGAAGGAAUGAGAUUUAUCAUCCUUUUGGAUCCGGCUAUCGCAGGCAAUGAAACAAAACCGUAUCCAGCUUUUACCAGAGGUGUAGCAGAUGAUGUAUUUAUUAAAUGGGAUGAUGGAAGUGGAAUUGUUUGGGGAAAGGUAUGGCCAGACCUGCCAGAUGUAUUUGUUGAUGAAUCACUGGACUUUGAAACCCAAGUAAAGCUUUACAGAGCUUAUGCUGCAUUUCCAGACUUUUUCCUUGAUCGGACAGCUAAAUGGUGGCAUCAAGAAAUUAAAGAAUACCGUGAAAAUCAUAUAAGAUUUGAUGGGCUCUGGAUAGAUAUGAAUGAACCAGCAAGUUUUGUCCAUGGAACUGUUGACGGCUGCAGAAAUAAUAUUUUGAAUUAUCCACCGUACAUGCCAAAGUUGGAGUCAAAAGAUCGUGGGUUAAGUCACAAAACUUUGUGCAUGGAGAGUCGACAACACCUGCCAAAUGGAAAUCCAGUAAGGCACUAUGAUGUUCAUAGUCUUUAUGGAUGGUCACAUUCAAAACCAACCUUUGAUGCUCUGAGAGAUGUAACUGGUGAGAGAGGUAUUGUUAUCAGUCGUUCUACAUAUCCAACAUCUGGACAGUGGGUUGGACAUUGGCUAGGGGAUAAUACUGCUGCAUGGAAUCAAAUGGAUAAAUCAGUUAUAGGGAUGAUGGAUUUUAGUCUUUUUGGGAUAUCAUAUACUGGAGCAGAUAUUUGUGGAUUCUUUCAAGAUUCAACAUAUGAAUUAUGUGCUCGAUGGAUGCAGUUAGGAGCAUUUUACCCCUUUUCAAGAAAUCACAAUGGUAAAGGAUCCAAGAGGCAAGAUCCUGUAAGUUUUGAUACAGCAUUUGAAGACCUUUCCAGAAAGGUCCUGAAUACAAGAUAUACUCUGUUACCCUACCUGUACACUCUGUUAUUUGAAGCUCACACUAAAGGCUCCACAGUUGUUCGACCAUUAUUACAUGAAUUCACUGAAGAUAAGCAAACCUGGGAUGUGUACAAACAGUUUUUAUGGGGGCCAGCACUGAUGAUAAGCCCUGUCAUGAAUGAAGGCGCAAGAUCUGUGAAUGUGUAUGUCCCAAAUACAAUAUGGUAUGAUUAUCAUACGGGAAUCAAUAUUAAUAUAAAAGGCCAGUGGGCAGAGCUACAAGCACCACUCGAUCAUAUAAACCUUCAUGUUCGAGGUGGCUACAUAUUACCAUUGCAAGCUCCAGCUAACAAUACUCAUUUUAGCCGAAAAAAUCCAAUGAAACUACUUGUGGCUUUAGAUCAAAAUGAAAUGGCCAAUGGACAACUUUUCUGGGAUGAUGGAACAAGUAUUACCUCAAUUGAAAGAGGGGUGUACAUCAUGUAUGAAUUUUCUGCUGGUCCAAAUUUUGUAAACUUGACAACAACUAAUGCCAACUACGUCGAUCCAGACAAUGUGCAGUUUGAAGAAAUUCAAAUACAUGGACUUGCCAAGAACAUAAUUGACCUUGUGGUGAAAACGAAUAACACAAUACAACCAUCAAAUCACCAAGUUGUUUAUGAUGAAAAGACACAGAUUGCUAAAAUAACAGGUCUUCAGCUGAUCCUGGGAGAAUCGUACUAUUUGGAAUGGAAUACCUAUCUUUCUAGAUUUGAUUGCUAUCCUGAAGACAAUCCUACAAAAGAAGCAUGUGAGAAUCGUGGCUGCAUAUGGGAUGUAGCCAGUAUUCCUCAAGUACCAGCUUGUUUCUUCCCCAGCAAUUAUGGAUAUACUGUUACCAAUGUGCAACACAGUGCACAUGGCUUAACGGCAGAUCUGCAGAAUGCAGUACUGCUUCCUCGUUAUAAGGAUAUCUCUAACCCCAUACAAACUCUUCGAUUAACAGUUAUCUAUCAUGAAAAUAAUAUGCUUCAGUUCAAGAUUGAUGAUCCUAACACAAAGAGAUAUGAAGUUCCUGUGCCAAUUAAAACACCAAGCAGUCCAACAAGCACACAGCAGCAACGGAUGUAUGAUGUUGAAAUUGUAAACAACCCCUUUGGAAUUAAAAUUAUUAGGAGAAGCUCUGGCACAGUUAUUUGGAACUCUCAAGCACCUGGAUUCACCUUCUCAGAUCAGUUUAUCCAAAUUUCAACAAUACUUCCCUCUGGAUAUAUUUAUGGUCUUGGAGAAACAGAACACAGAACAUAUCGUCAUGACUUGAAUUGGGUUACUUGGGGAAUGUUUGCCAAAGAUCAACCCCCUGGGUAUACUAUAAACGCAUAUGGCGUGCAUCCCUUUUACUUAGGCCUGGAAAAUGAUGGCAAUGCUCAUGGCGUUUUCCUGCAUAACAGCAAUGCAAUGGAUGUAACCCUGCAGCCAACUCCAGCACUUACUUAUCGCACAGUAGGAGGAAUUCUGGACUUUUAUGUAGUAACGGGUCCAACUCCUGAGAUGGUUGUUCAGCAGUAUACAGCACUUAUUGGACGGCCUCUUUUGCCAGCAUAUUGGUCUCUGGGAUUUCAGUUAUGCCGUUAUGGAUACCAAAAUGACAAAGACAUUGAAGAUCUCUAUAAUGAAAUGGUAGCAGCUCAGAUUCCCUAUGAUGUGCAAUAUGCCGAUAUUGACUACAUGGAAAGACAAAUGGAUUUCACUUUAAGCCAGAAUUUUUCAGGGCUUCCUUCAUUAGUUGACAAAAUGAGAUCAGAUGGAAUGAAAAUCAUCAUUAUUUUGGAUCCAGCUAUUGCAGUAAAUGAAACAAAAGAUUACCCACCUUUCAGAAGAGGAAUUGAAAAAGAUGUUUUCAUUAAAUGGGCAGAUGGAAGGGGAAUUGCAUUGGGAAAGGUCUGGCCAGAUUUGCCUGGUGUCAUAGUUGAUCAGUCACUUGAUUGGGAUACACAAGUUGCAAUUUACAGAGCUCAUGCAGCAUUUCCAGACUUUUUCAAGAACGAAACAUCUGAGUGGUGGCUUCAAGAGAUCAAAGAUUUUUAUCAAAAUGUUCUGAAAUUUGAUGGCAUAUGGAUAGAUAUGAAUGAACCGGCCAGUUUUGUACAUGGUUCAGUUGAUGGUUGCACUGAUGCUCUGUUGAAUAAGCCUCCAUACAUGCCACAUUUGGAAUCAAGAAAUGCGGGUCUAAAUCACAAGACUUUGUGCAUGGAAACUCAACAAACUCUUCCAGAUGGAACUCUUGUUAGACACUAUGACGUCCACAGUCUCUAUGGAUGGUCCCAUGCAAAACCAACAUAUGAUGCCCUGACAAGUGUUACCGGGGAAAGAGGCAUCGUUGUGAGUCGUUCUACAUAUCCUUCAGCUGGUCAGUGGGUGGGACAUUGGCUUGGGGACAACACUGCUGCAUGGAAUCAAAUUGAUAAGUCUGUUAUUGGUAUGAUGGAAUUUAACCUUUUUGGAAUACCAUAUAUUGGGGCAGAUAUUUGUGGAUUCUUUCAAGAUACUACAUAUGAAUUAUGUGCCCGUUGGAUGGAACUCGGGGCCUUUUAUCCAUAUGCCAGAAAUCACAAUGGGAAAGGUUUCAUGAGACAAGAUCCUGUUAGCUUUGAUGAAAACUUUAAGACUCUAUCCAAAAAUGUGCUUAAUAUCAGAUACAAGCUUUUGCCAUAUCUGUACACUCUAAUGUUUGAGGCCCAUACUGAAGGAUCUACUGUUAUUCGACCUUUGUUGCAUGAAUUUACUGCAGAUAAAACAACCUGGGACAUUUAUAAACAGUUCUUAUGGGGACCAGCAUUUAUGAUCAGCCCAGCACUUGAAAUAAAUCAGUUAGUAGUAAAGGCAUAUAUACCAAACACCCGCUGGUAUAACUAUCACACGGGCAUCCAAAUUAAUGAAAGAGGAACAUGGGUUGAUUUAAAUACUCCCCUGGAACAUAUUAAUUUACACAUAAGAGGAGGAUACAUCAUUCCAUGGCAAGAACCAGCUAACAAUACUUUUUACAGUCGACAGAAGUUUAUGGGGGUAAUUGUUGCUCUGGAUGACCAAGGCCAAGCAAAGGGGAACCUAUUCUGGGAUGACGGAAAGAGUAUUGAUUCAGUAGAAAAGGGUCAAUAUCUUCUAACAAACUUCACGGCGGAUAAGAACACAGUAAGGAAUCAAAUAUUGCACAAUAAUUAUGUAACAGCAGCAAAUCCUCUUCAUCUUGGACAUGUUUAUAUUUGGGGAGCUGGUAAAAACCCAGUAAGAAGUGUUACAGUUACAUACGGGGGCACCACAGAAACCAUUUCAAGUUUUACUUUCCAAAACGAGGUUUUAGAAAUCCAUCUUGUUAAUAAGAGAUAUAACCUGGCAGAACAAAUUGAAGUUGCAUGGCAAAUCUAAGACUUCUGAUUAUUAAUUUUGCUAAAUCACAAUAUAGCUGACCCUUUGGAACUAUUUUAAAAAAAAUUGUAUAUUAAACACAACAUAUUAACCUUAUUAACCGUAAAAGCAUGCACUGUAUUUUGGGCCAUUACAUGUCUCUGAAAUGUUAAUAAAGAGAUCAAAAUGUAGA